CACCCACUCCACAUUUGUCUUCUCUACCGGCUUUGAGAGGACAACAGCUACUGCUGUCUCUCUUGUCACCUUUCUUUGUACUCUCCAUCCAAUCGUCCUUUGGAUAGACGCCUGCAGGGAUGGCGGAGCUGGAGGGCUUGGAGUUUGGGAAGUCAGACUUUGUACUUCUAGAUGAAGUGACUAUGGAGCAGUUUAUGGAGAAUUUGAAGUUGAGGUUUGAGAAGGGCCGCAUCUACACUUUCAUUGGAGAAGUGGUGGUGUCAGUAAAUCCAUACAAACAGCUGGAUAUCUAUGGGAAGGAGGUCAUUGAGGAUUACAGGGGCAGAGAGCUGUAUGAGAAUCCACCUCACCUGUACGCGGUCGCAGAUGCCGCUUACAAAGCCAUGAAGAGACGAGCCAAGGACACAUGCAUCGUCAUUUCAGGUGAGAGUGGAGCUGGAAAGACUGAGGCAAGCAAGUUCAUCAUGCAAUACAUUGCAGCUAUCACUAACCCCAGUCAGAGGGCAGAGGUCGAGAGUGUAAAGAACGUGCUCCUCAAGUCCAACUGUGUGUUAGAGGCCUUUGGAAACGCAAAGACCAACCGUAAUGAUAACUCCAGCCGCUUCGGCAAAUACAUGGACAUCAACUUUAACUUUAACGGCGACCCUACAGGAGGCCACAUCAACAACUACCUGCUGGAGAAGUCAAGAGUUGUUCAACAGCAGGAGGGAGAGAGGAACUUUCACUCAUAUUAUCAGUUGUUACGAGGAGGGUCUGAUGAUUUGCUGAAGUCCCUGUAUCUGCAGAGAGAUCCUGCUGAAUAUGCCUACACCAGUCAAGGAGCUACUGUCACACUCGCAUCCAAUAACGACUCCUUAUGUCACAAAGCCGUGUUGGCAGCCCUGAAAGUGAUUGGUUUUACUGCAGAUGAGAUCAGCUCCAUCUACAAGAUACUUGGGACCAUCCUACACCUGGGUAACCUUCAGUUUACUAGUGAUGGUGAACAUGCAACGCUUGAUGGAGAGGACACAGUGAAACAUAUUUCCAAGCUGACGUCCACGGAGGCCGAGAAUGCUAGAAAAGCUCUGCUGUACCGCACGGUGGCUACUGGGGGUGGUGAGGUGAUCGAGAAGGGACACAAUGAGCAGCAAGCUAGCUUUGGAAAAGAUGCUUUCGCCAAGGCUUUGUAUGAAAGAUUAUUUGGGUGGAUAGUGGGUCGUAUCAAUGCUGUGAUUGAAGUGAAGGAUUACAAUCCUGCCCUACAUGGUAAAAACACUGUUAUAGGUGUUCUGGACAUCUAUGGCUUUGAGAUAUUCUAUAACAACAGCUUUGAAUAGUUUUGCAUUAACUACUGCAACGAGAAGCUACAACAGCUCUUCAUUGAACUCAUCCUACGACAGGAGCAGGAUGAGUACCAGAGAGAGGGCAUCACAUGGCAACAUAUUGAAUACUUCAACAAUCAGAUCAUAGUGGACUUGGUGGAGCAGUCUCAUAAAGGCAUCAUCUCCAUCCUGGAUGAGGCCUGUCUCACGGUGGGCAAAGUCACAGAUACCGUCUGCCUGGACAGCAUGAACAAAAAGCUGGGCCAGCACCCUCACUACACCUCCCGGAAGCUCUUACCCCCUGACAAGACCAUGGAGUUCAACCGAGACUUUCGUAUACGACACUACGCGGGAGAUGUUACAUAUUCAGUUGAAGGUUUUCUUGAUAAGAACAAGGACCCACUUUUCCAGGAUUUCAAGCGACUGAUGUAUAACAGUUCCGACCCCGUUCUCAAGGAAAUGUGGCCUGAUGGAAAAAUGAGUAUUACAGAGGUGACCAAACGACCUUUAACUGCGGCUACGCUCUUUAAAAACUCUAUUAUUGCCCUAGUGGACAAACUGGCCUGUAAGGAGCCUUACUAUGUGCGCUGCAUAAAGCCAAAUGAGGUGAAGUCCCCCUUGCUGUUCGAUGAUGCACGCUGUCAACACCAAGUGGCGUACCUAGGCCUGCUGGAGAACGUCCGCGUCCGUCGGGCCGGAUUCGCAUACAGACAGCCAUAUGCACGCUUCCUGCAGAGAUAUAAGAUGACCUGCGAGUACACGUGGCCCAAUCACUUGAUGAGCACUGACCAGGAGGCCGUUGAGGCCAUUGUGAACCAGCAUGGCUUUGAGGACGAUGUAGCGUAUGGUCUCACUAAGCUAUUCGUGAGAACCCCUCGCACACUCUUCACCCUGGAGCAAGAGAGAGCUGCGCUCAUCCCCAUACUAGUGCUGUUCUUACAGAAGGUAUGGAGGGGAGCGUUAGCACGCAUGCGCUGUAGAAAGAUCAGAGCCAUCUAUACUAUAAUGACGUAUUAUAAAUGCUAUAAGGUGAAGGCUCACUUCUGGGAGGUGGAGAGACGGUUCGCCAAUGUUCGAAACAUGGCAGACUAUGGGAAGAGUGUUGAGUGGCCGGCAUCCCCCGCCACCCUCGCGCAGUUCCACAGUAUCACGCAACACCUCUACCGUCGAUGGUGGGCACGACAGCUCAUUAAAAACAUCCCCCCGUCAGAUAUGGCUGAGGUGAGAGCGAAAGUAGCUGCUCUGGCCGCUCUGUGCGGUGAGAGAGUGGACUGGGGCUACAGUCGGGCCUGGGAGAGAGACUACCUGGCUAAUGCGAAAGACUCGAUGCUGACAAGCUCCAACUUUGUGCGCAUCACGAAAGAGCUGAAGAACAAAGACCAGUACGGCCAUGUCCUCUUCUCAUGUUUUGUCAGGAUGCUCAACUGGUUCAAUAGCACAAAGGACAGAGCUCUGCUCAUCACCGACAAGCACAUUUACAGACUGGAACCCAAAAAACAUUUUAAAGUGCAGAAACGAAUAGCGCUCGAUACUGUUGUCGGUUUGAGUGUAACUAGUGGCACUGACCAGAUGGUGGCGCUACACACUGCUUCUCACGAUGACAUCCUGGUGCACCUGCAGAGGGGUCAACUGAACCCAAAUCAGGACCGCGUAGGGGAGCUGGUGGGCACCCUCACAGACCACUUCACACGAGUGAAGAACACUACUCUUCCAGUGAAGGUGCGCUCCACAGGGGUCCAGGUACACAUGAGCGGCAAGCCUAAGAGCAUCAGUGUGGAGAGCAAGCCAGGCCAGACCAUCGCAGAUUUUAAGAAGAGUCGAGCCGGGUUCACCUUACUAAUGCCUCAUCAGUAACACAACCUCUGAGAAGGACAUGACCAGUAUUUAUCCAUACAUUAAUAUUUAAAGAUUCCGGGCAAAACAGGAUUGUACUGUAUAUUAGGGAGGAAACAAUGCUUUUAAUGCAUUUUACAAUUGCUUAUUUACUCUGCCGAAUACGACAAAAAAAUGUUAUGCAAUGCACUUUGUCAUUUUAAUAGUAAUCUGUCUUAAAGGGGUAGUUCACCCAAAAAUAAUAAAUCUGUCAUGAUUUACUCACUCUCUGGUUGUUUCAAACCUGUUUAAAUGUCUUUGUUCGGUUUAACACAGCGAAAGAUAUUUAGACGAAUGCGUGUAACCAAACAGUUCUUGGACCCCAUUGACUACCAUAUUAGGAAAAAUGACAAUGGUACUCAAAAGUGCCCCAGAACCGUUUUUUGUCCUACAUUCUUCAAAAUAUUUAAUAAAAAAGUAUUUUUUCAUACAAUGGUGGUCAAUGGUGUUAUAAGCAUUCUUCCAAAUAUCUUUCUCUGUGUUUGUGAACAAAGAAAUGUAUACAGAUUUAAAACAACUCGAAGGUGAGUAAAUAAUGUCAGAAUUUUAUUUUUGAAGAAGAAAGCUUAUAGUGUGAUCAUGUACUAAAAAAAGAAGAUAUGGAUGAUGCUCUUUUAUCUCCUGUAUUUUUAUUUUUGCCAAUGAAAUAGCCAUAAAGUGUUGUGUUGUGCCUUAAAGGUUAAGUUUUGAUUUUUAUGUUUAUAAGGGAAAGUUCCAAUGACGUUGCACUUUUCAUAACAAUUCAGAGUAUAUUUUGAUAUAUAUACUCUAUGAUCAUAUUUUAUUGUAGAGAUGUUAUUAAGAGGUGUGUAUGUGUUGUUGCUUCUUUAUGUUAAUACUGGAGUAUUUACCAAGAGAUCUUUGGGUAAUCAUCACUAACAACAGCAGGGCAGUUAUGAUAAUUAUAAAAUAGAGAUAGUAGAGAUAUAGAGAUAGUAAUAUACGCAGUAGCACAGGGGCAUUUGUUGUUUAUCAAAAACUGUAUAAAAUAUGGGCUUUCAUUUACUUUUACUAUAAUGACAUUACAUGAAUGACUUUAUGAAAGUAAAUGCUACAUGGAAUUAUAAUGUGGUUGUUUGAUGGAGUGAUUUUACUGGUGAAUCAGAGGUAUUUUUGUCUGUGUGUGCGUGCGCUAUGACAGGUUGCCUUGAUGUCACUCCAUUAGCUGUUUCCUGUCUUCACUCCCCUGCUGAGUGCAUCUCUCAUCCUCUCUGUCACCCCUGUCUGUUUGCACUGCUUGUGUCUAUGGAUUGACUCUUUAUGAUUCUUUUUUUUCAUGCAUUCUUCUGUCUGUUGUCUAUUUUUGAGCAGCCAUGUUAUUGAAAAUCCAAAAAUGUGUUUUUGUCACAUGGCUGUCAGUUUACGUUUGGGUAGCUGACAUGAAACGUCAAGAGGUUAAUAAGAUAGAAUCGUGUUUUAAAGCUGAGACUCUGUUCUCUCAUUUCAUAUAUUGUAUGUUCGCAGUCAUUAUGCGUUAAAACUAGUGCUGUCAAUCGAUAAAAAAAAUAAUCGGAUUAAUCACACAUUUUUUCUGUGAUUAAUCACGAUUAAUCGCACACAACAAUUUUAUUUUAAAAUAUACUUUUACAUUUUAAUAAUUUCACAUUUAAUCUUCAAAUUGAUGUAGAAACAACAUAUUUAUUUAACAGCAUCAUUUUAUGAAAGCUAACAUUUUGAUAUUAGUAUUGUAACUGAUGUCUCUAUUAAAUUGAUUAUUUUAACAUUAAUUAUAGCCAUUCAACAGUAUAAUUGAGAGCUCAUGUAGGAAAUUGAAGGACACUUUACAGUCUUUAAUGCUAAAUUAUAAAUUAAAUGCAGAAGAAUUCUCAUUAAAGCUAUAAAAUCACAUUGAUUUCUUCUUUUAUUUUGUUCUUUGAUUAACAUUAGUGACAGGAGUCACAGCAGCACGUUUAAGAACGCGGCCCCUUUAAGAGCUGUCU